AAUAUUGUUUGUUACAGAGUAAGACAAAGUCUGUAGCCACACCAAGAGGUAGGCUUGGACGACCAAAAGAAGUUCACACUGAGGCAGAAGUUAGCUCGAUUGACGAGGCGUCAGAUGCAGAGAAACAGCGAAAGGAUUAUAAAUCUGACUCUGAGAUUUACACAGAGCCAAAGAUAAGUGGAAGAAGAUCCAAACAAAAUCCUGAAAAAUACAAGAAGAUUCAUCUGGAUGAAAAGUAUUUGACACAAAGACAGUCCCAGUUAAUGGAUAGGCGGAAGAAUGCAGAAGAACUACUCAAAUGGAAGACCAUGCUGGACAAGGAAGAAUCUAGGGUAUUUAAACUGGAAAAACAAGCAUUGAAAGUAUGGGAUAAAAAAGACAAAGAUGUGAAGAAGGAGAAAGAACCAUCACAAAGUGCGGCCAAAAGUGAAACAGAAAAGCCAUCAAGUAAGAAGGAUAAUGGAACCACAAAAGAUUCUACAAUAAAAACAAUGUCAGUGUCUCAGGAUAGAGAUAGUACUGUAAUUUCUGAAACAAUAACAACUGCUCAUGAUGAAUCACUCUACACCAGCAUCAAAGAAGACAUAAAGACAGCCAGUCUAGAGAGUUCGCCAGAGGAGAUUCACCGACGAAUGAUGAAUGACAAGUCUAAUAUUAAGAAUCAUAACCGAAGUGGUAGCGAAAGCUCUGUCAUGGAGGAUAUUCAAUCAGUGUCUAGUGCUGAUGAUUCUAAGAAGAUGAAUGAUUCAAGUGAUGACACCAUGACGCACAGCUAUGGUAACGAGACCUUUGAUGACACAGCCACUGCAUCCAAAAAGACAAGCAAGAGUCAGACCACAUCCAAGUCUCCUCUUGAGAAACUAAAAAAAUACAGAGGCCUGUCCUCCCCUGGAAGGUCACCUAGGGGUUUGUUUAGUUCCAGAAGUCAUUCGAGAAACUCUGAGAGCGAGUCGGAAGAUUCAUUUUCACUGAAUGAAUCGCAGUCCGAGUUGAGUGACUUUGAGGGCAGAAUACGGGCUUUGAAUGAAGAACUGAGAAAAAGGAAAACUGAGGCCGAUAAGUUAAAACGGGAGAGAAAGAAGAAAAAGAAGGAACUGAUGAAGAACAAAGAAGAAACUUUAAAGAAACAGAUUGAGGCAUAUGACAACCAGAUUGCUCAGUUAAAAGUUGACCUCAAAAAGGAGAUGAAUCACGAGCCUGCAAAAUCUACUGUCCGCCCACAGAUUAAACAGCCCAAAGUGAGCCCGUCCAAGACGAUCAAAACACCCACAAAACGUUUAGAUACUGACAGUAGUGGACCAGACUCUGCUCAAGUGUCACCAAACAUUCCUGAAGAUAAAG